UGAAACUAAUUCAUGGAAACCGUUGCUUUGUAUUAUGGAAUGGAAUUUUGUUGUGUAUCGCAAACCUGAAGCCAAAAAAGCCGCCAAGAAGCCAAGUACAAGCGUGGACAGUAGACGCCAUUCUAGUUGCAUACACAAGCCGGUUUGAGUGUAGUGUUUGAAGCUACAACGUGGAGUUAUAUUAUAAUACAGAGAAAAAUAUUCUUGUGUCGUAUUUUAGAGUACUGAACCAUUAUUACCAACGUGUAUUUGAAUCCUACGGCAAUGGCUGAACUGCAAGCCACUACAAUGUCACCAGAAGCUCUGCAAGCGGUGAAUGUUAGGAACUUAUCAGUUUCGCAGCUGGAGUUGGAAGGUAAUCCAAAUUCAUUAGCAUUAAGAAGGCCUUUCGAUCCUGUGGCACAUGAUUUGGACGCCUCUUUCCGUCUAACACGUUUUGCUGAUCUAAAAGGAUGAGGGUGUAAAGUCCCCCAGGAGGCUCUCUCUAAGCUCCUGGAGGGACUUCAGCAAGACGAAGAUCAUACACAGGACGAACAUGCCCACUUUAUGCAUAUGGCAAUUCCUAGAAUUGGAAUUGGCAUGGAUUGCUCUGUAACUCCACUGCAACAUGGUGGACUCUCACUUGUUCAGACUACUGACUUUUUUUAUCCAUUAGUAGAUGAUCCUUACAUGAUGGGUAAGAUUGCAUGUGCUAAUGUGCUCAGCGAUAUGUAUGCAAUGGGUGUCACAGAUUGCGAUAAUAUGUUAAUGCUUUUGGGAGUUUCGACCAAGAUGACAGAGAAGGAGCGUGAUAUUGUCAUGCCCCUCAUAAUGAGAGGAUUCAAAGAUUCUGCCCUGGAAGCUGGUACCACCGUGACAGGUGGGCAGACAGUAGUGAAUCCAUGGUGUACAAUCGGAGGAGUCGCUUCGACAGUCUGCCAGCCUAAUGAGUACAUCGUUCCUGACAAUGCUGUGGUGGGAGAUGUUCUUGUUCUGACCAAACCGUUGGGCACUCAAGUGGCCGUGAACGCUCACCAAUGGCUGGACCAGCCAGAGAGAUGGAACAGAAUCAAGCUCGUCGUUUCAGAAGACGACGUCAGAAAGGCUUACCAGAGAGGAAUGGAUUCCAUGGCAAGAUUAAACAGAAUUGCUGCUCGUCUCAUGCACAAAUACAAUGCCCAUGGUGCCACUGAUGUCACUGGAUUUGGUUUGCUGGGGCAUGCACAGAAUUUGGCCAGACAUCAGAAAAAUGAAGUAUCUUUUGUUAUCCAUAACUUGCCAGUUAUAGCAAAGAUGGCUGCUGUAGCAAAAGCCUGUGGCAAUAUGUUCCAGUUGCUUCAAGGCCAUUCUGCAGAGACGUCUGGUGGCUUACUGAUUUGUUUACCAAGGGAACAGGCUGCUGCUUACUGCAAGGACAUCGAGAAGCAAGAAGGUUAUCAGGCCUGGAUCAUUGGCAUCGUCGAGAAGGGAAACCGAACGGCUCGCAUCAUCGAUAAGCCCCGUGUCAUUGAGGUCCCUGCUAAAGAAAAAGAUGGAGAACUGUGGUAAAGUAGUGGGUGUAGGCACCCGAAGUAUAAUGUAGAAAUCCAUUUGCAUGUAGGUAAAAACAUUCUGAUGCACGCGUCGGUGAAGUAUUAAUGACAAGAGCCCACUAUUUUGUUCUUGUUUCUCCUAUCAGAUUAUAUUUUCAUGAUAUUGGACAAAAAGGUUUUUCAAAACAAGCUCUGUCAUGGUAAUUUCCAAUUUUAAUAAGUUGAAUAUAGUAUUGUAAGGUAUGUGAGAAGUGUGUGUUAUCUGAUCAUAUCUGCUUUUAAAAUGACUUGUGAUAUAAUACUAACUGCAAAUACGCGCAUUUAUUUACAUCUACAAAUAGUAAUCAUUGUUUUCUAUAGGUAAUGCGCUCAUUGUCAUUGUCUUUGUGCCAUUUGAAGCAGCAUUUAGUGCAGCUAACGAACCUUACACUUAAUAGGCUAUUAGCCGAAUUAUGGUGACAGAUGAAAGUUUUGAAUUGUAAAUCCCAAGUUCAAAUUAGGUGUAACUGGAUGCAAACUUGUGUGUAAGGGAUGACAGGAAUAGACGUGUGGCAGGGAGUAUCGUGGUUAGGUUAUCAUUUUUGUUUAAAUUUUGACGAGAUAGUACGAUUUGAGAUUUUCACAGCGGUGAGUCUGAAGUUUGCUGUCUUCUGGGUUAUUGCGCCAUGUAGUCCAGUAGAUCUCCACCGACGUUU